GGGUGGAGGAUGCCUGGUAGGGGCAAGUCCCGUCUAGAUGAGUUCCCUCCUUCAGGCAUUCCUAGAUCUCUGGUCAUUCUUCUCCAAUCAGCAGAAGGUCGCCUGGUCUUAUAAAGCCAGGAGAGAGGUCUGAAGGGUCCGAGGGCCCUUCACCUGCUGAGGUUUUCCAAGGCCUUAACCCUCCCUGCUCUUCACAGGAUUCAGUGCCCACAAUAAUUAGCGUGCAAUAAUUAACUGAGUAGGGCAAGGGGGACUGCGGAGCUGAGCAGAAGCCUGAGCAGGACCAGGAACCCUUCCUCUCCCAGAGGCUGACAUGGCCCGACGGGUGACAACACAGCUGCUGCUCCUUCUGGUGGGGGUGGCCGCAGUAUGGGCGACCCGGUCCAGGACUGAGCUUCUCAAUGUCUGUAUGGAUGCCAAGCACCACAAGGAAAAGCCAAGCCCGGAGGACGAGCUACAUAAACAGUGCAGCCCCUGGAAGAAGAAUUCCUGUUGCUCCACCAACACCAGCCAGGAAGCCCAUAAGGAUAUCUCCUACCUGUACAGAUUCAACUGGAACCACUGCGGACAAAUGACACCUUCCUGCAAGCGCCACUUCAUCCAGGACACCUGCCUAUAUGAGUGCUCCCCUAACCUGGGGCCCUGGAUCCAGGAGGUGAACCAGAGCUGGCGCAAGGAGCGCAUCCUUGACGUGCCCCUGUGCAAGGAGGACUGCCAGCAAUGGUGGGAGGACUGUCGCACCUCCUACACCUGCAAAAGCAACUGGCACCAGGGCUGGGACUGGACCUCAGGCUAUAACCGGUGCCCAGCAGGAGCUGCCUGCCUUCCCUUCCAUUUCUACUUCCCCACACCUGCUGCUCUGUGCAGUGAAAUCUGGACUCAUUCCUACCAGGCCAGCAACUACAGCCGAGGGAGUGGCCGUUGCAUCCAGAUGUGGUUUGACCCAGCCCAGGGCAACCCCAAUGAGGAGGUGGCGAGGUUCUAUGCCAUGGCCAUGAGUGCUGGGGCCCUGUCCCGAGGGGUGGAGCCUCUUCUGCUCAGCCUGGCCCUGAUGCUGCAGCUCAGGCUCCUGGGUUGAGCUUCUUUUACCCUCUGAUACCUGCACAGCCCUGCCCGGUUGAGCCCCAAAGCUCCUAGCCAUCCACCUCCUAUUCCUUGGCCAGGGAUGGGGCUUUGACUGACAGUUUGAAUAAACCAGACACCCACCAGG